AUGGCAUGUUUGUUGAUAGCUCGGAGCAGGUUGAUUACAAUAAUACUAAAUGUGACUGCUAGAACAAAAUGUAUUUUUACACGGAAUUCUUCUUCUACUAUUACAAGAAGAACACGUCGUAUAACAUGUUUGGAACAGUUAAGAUACGAACUCGAUUAUGCUGGUGAUUAUGACCUUCAUGAUAUAUUACGUCAACAAAACAGAAUAGAGUGGCCGGAAUGGCAUUUAUCUGUGGAUGAAAACAAUAAAAUUACGAAAAUAGUUGAAAACUUUCAUCGGGAUUUUAAUAAAAUGAAAAAAUCUUCGAGUAUAGUUGGCUUAAUACGUAUAAUAGAAGAAACAUGGUUAAACUUUAUGAAUGACAACGACAAAGAUUGGAGUGAUGUUAAAGCACGUUUCAAACAAGCCAGAGAAUUGGAUGAUCCGUUGCCGAUCUUAGAAGCGCUUUGUUUCUCUCAACAAUUCAGCCGGUGUCUAAACAGACAUUCAGCUGCAAAUAUAUAUCAUUCACUAAAACUUUAUUGUACGCUGUUGAACUGCCCGAUUGUGGCUCGGACCCAAGAAUAUACAGAAGCAUUCACUAAGAUUUUAUUUCAUCCAAAAUUAAAGAACCUUGGAGCUCAAAAUAUUACAGUUUAUCGUGGUAUGGUACUUGAAGAUGAGAAACCCAUAGCCAAUUGCAUAGUAGAUAAAAUUAUAAUAACAACAACAUUUCUAUCAACAUCUGCAAGUCGAUUGGUAGCUGAAGGGUUUCGUACAACGCCUCCUGAAAGUAUGAUAUCAGUAUUUUGCACAUACAAGAUUAGAGGUACGACUCGUCUUACAGCUCUGAAUCUUCAAUCAAUAUCCAAGUUUCCAGUGGAGGAAGAAAUACUGAUCAUGCGUUUCACACCGUUUCGAAUAGUAUCAGUAGAACGAACGGAAGAUGGUAGAAAAAUCGAAAUAUGUUUUGAUGAAUUCACAGAGCAAGAAGUUUGA